GUUUCCAGUUUAAGAAAGAAACGAGAAAAACUCAUAAAAAAGAAAACUGCGAAUUUUUGUUGAAAUUCGGGCGCAAUAUUGUGUGAAAAAAACUAUAAUUUGUUUAAAGUUGUAAUAUUGUGAAUGUUCUUCAUGAAAUUGAUAAUAUUUUGAAGACAGAUGUCAAGAAAAGUGAAAUUUUCGCAUUAUUUGUAAAAUUUGCAGCAAACUGCAUUGGUGAUUUUUCUGCGCCUUCUGCUAAAGGGAGGGCAAAGCGCAUACAUACAGAGAUUAUUCUCAUUGGUGUAUAACAAACGCUGCAAUCAUUGAACAUUUUUUGAAACUACAAAAAAGGGUCACAAACUUCGGGGUAAUGCUAGGCGGCAGUACGGAUCGUCUAUGCACACCGAGCACAUCAGCUGGCCCAUUUCGUAUUUUUGCCGUUACUGGCUUCCAAAACCGGGCAAAUGAUAUUGUCUAUUGUCCACCUAUACGGCCGACAGGCAGCGAGAAUGCUGAAGAUUCAACUGCCGUUGUUUACUUCGGCGGAGACGUACAGGACUUUCCGGAGAGCAUGGAAACUAACCGAGAUAGUCGUGGCUACAUGAAAUACAACUUAGAGAACUCUGCCAUACUUCUACGUGAGGCUUUUCCGCGCGCACAUAUCAUUGUCAUCCGGCCUGUAAGAAUGGAGUUCAAAACUUUUAGUUGUUUCGACAAUUUCGUACGUGGUAAUAACGCUGGUGUCCCCGACCAUACUCCAAUGAACCACGCUUUACAACAUUUAGAAAAAUUACUUCAAAAUCUUUCUCAACGACUGAUCUCCAUACCCGAAAAUGAGAUAAUGGAUCAGGCUGCUCAAGCAGCCGCCGCUGCUGCUGCUGUGGCUGCCGCCGCCGCAUUGGUAUCCUCUACGCUCUCCACAGCAUCGACUGACACGUCCGCCUCCUCAUCAGCAUUGAACGAUAAUAAUCAAGACAUGGAUAUAGAUAUAUUACAAGUUCAAGAGAACGUAACUGUCGAUGCAGAUGGUGCAGUAAUAUUUCCAAAUGUCACUGGUGCUGGUACUGUUGGGGGAGUUAGUAGCGCCAGUAAUACUAGCGGAGGAGGGGUUUCAGCAUCAGCAAAUAAUUCCGCUAACAGUAACAUAGCGUCAACGACCACAACUUCACAUAGCACUCAAAAGGCUCCUCUACAAUCUACCGCUCAUCAAGCGCAAACAAAUAAUACACAUUUCAAUAAUAUUGGUGGUGGUAACAGUAACGAGUGUGUAGCACAAGCACAGCAACUCACCCGUCAAAAUAGCAAUCCUUUGUGGUGGAGAGAGAAUUUGAAUUUAGACAAAGCGAAACUGGUUCUAAUUGGCUUCAGCAAAGGAUGUGUGGUCCUCAAUCAAUUCAUUUAUGAAUUUCACUACUUAAAAACUCUAACGCCGGAUGAUAGUACAAUGAUACGUUUGCUUUCACGCAUCAAAGAUAUGUAUUGGCUGGAUGGUGGGCAUGGUGGCCAAAAGAACACAUGGAUUACGUCCAGAAGCCUGCUGGAAACACUAACAAGAAUGGGCAUGAAUAUUCAUGUACAUUUGACACCAUAUCAAGUGCAGGAUGAUCGUCGGCCGUGGAUACGAAAGGAGGAGAAAAUUUUCACAGACAUGCUACGACGCUUAGGAGCACCGAUCACGCGUCAUCUACAUUAUGAUAGUCAAACAGCGAAUUUAAUGACACAUUUUGAGGUGUUACAGGCAUUUUGCCAGCACAUACAUACGCUAAAUCAACAACAGCAAUUACAAAUGCAACAACAACAGCAAACAGCACAGCAGCAGCAGCAACAAGCAUCGGCCCUGCAGCCGCUGCAGCAAUCUUCAAGUAACAUUCAAAUUAAUGAACAAUUACAACAACAACAACAAACACAACUUAACAAUACAAAUCGUUCAGAGUUGGGCAAGGCAAGCAAUAGUGGAGCGAAGUGACACCAUCGUCGUCGCAAUGUUGGCCGUUUUCAUUUGCGUAGGGUAGCAGCAGCGGCUGCAGCACCGACCAGCAGCACAUCGGCAACGACGUCAAAGAAAGUAAUGCAUGUAUCGCCACAACCACAACAGCCAUUACUGCAGCAGCAACAGCAGCACCCUCAACAACAUCAACCUGUAGUCGCUACACCAUCAAAUCUCACAUUUCUCGACAUAGCAACGACAUCAAUUGUAAAUAAUUAUACGCGACAUUUUCCACAAAACACAAGCAUACCAGUUACAGCUACAACCACAACAGCAGCUAUACAUAACCGUCAACGCCAAAAAGCGCCAAAUUUGCAGAGAGUUCGACCAAGACCCAAUCAACGUCAUCACCAACACAGAGGGCAACCAACUAAAAUUCACCAUUAUUCGCGUGCAAAAGGUAGACUUCUGCAUCACCAGACUUGUCGUUAAAUGCAACAGGCACUAAGGAAUCAUACAAAUGUAUGCGUAAGCAUAAAUAUAUAUAUUUGGUGCACAUACGCAAUUACCAGUCAUUUGUGCUCUGCUAAAUUAUUAUUUAUCAAUUAGUUUUGUGUUGUAAUUUAGUAUUUUAAGAAAAGUUUAUUUCAAUAGCGAUUCACAUAAUGUAAAAGCAUAAUAAUACAACAAAUACGAUUUAAAUUUUAAUUGUAAUUUAUAAUUGGCAGACAUUCGGUCUAAAAGAAUGAAUGUGUAUGUAAAAAGUAUGUCAACCGAAUAGUUUAACUUGGCUUAUAUUCACUGUUAGACAUAAGUGCUAUGAACACAUUCAUAAACAAUUUAUAUGUUGUACAAUUCUUUCUCCCACUGAGACCAAUGACCUUGCCGUGGAGAUAGAACAAGAAUAUGGUUACAUGAAUUUUUAAUAUUAGGCUACAUUUAAUUUAAGUAUUGCUAUCAAAGAGAAUUUGGUGCACUAAAUUUAAGCGUUAGCUCUAUUCUAGGUAGGUUGCUAUGUAUAUUUAAUUCAAAUCCAUACAUUUUUAUAAUUUUUGAUAAAUCUGUCAGAGAUCAAUUUUUUUUAUACACAUUAAUCACCAUUAACCAGUGCAAUUUCUUUAGACAUUUACAUUUAUAUUUGUUUUAAUUUUUUAUUAUUUAUUCGCCUCUUAUUUAGAAUGCAUUCAUUUAAGAUUAUUUACUUAUAAUCAACAAAUUCGCAAACAAAAACUGCUUUUUGCUAAAAAAAAAAAAAAAAUUAUUCUUAUUUAAAUGCAACUUUGCAACUUAGAGAAAAAAAGAUAUUAAAAUUUUAAUAUUAUGUUUGAACUUCUCACAACCAUAUACAAGGACUGCAAACAAUAAUAUUAUUUGCUCAACUUAUAAACAGUUAAUUAUCAUUUGAUGGAGUAGGGUAUAGUCAAGGUCACGAAAAAAUUAUUAUUUUAAAUAUUUUUUUUACAAGUAUUUUUUAUUUUUAUUAUUUCAACCAACAGUUGUUUACAAACAAAAAUCGAAAUUAAAAAAAAAAAACUAUCAGGCGCUAUUUUUUUAUAUUUCGGAUUUAUUCCAAGGUCUAUUUCUAAGGUAUUAAAUUUUUUUUUUUUUUUUUUUUGAAAAUUGUGACUCCGUGAUAACCCUAUUUGCAAUCAAUUGUAUAGAUAUUUUUUACAAGAGUUAAAAACUACAUUAUCUUGAACGUCAUCAAGUAUAUAUUAUUACAUAUAACGUUGUGGUAGUUGUCAAACUCUUGCACUGCACGUCAAAAAACAGUUUCAAAGUUUAGUUGAAGAAGAAAUAGGUCUUACAAAAAUUAUAUCGACGAAAUGCACAAAAAAUAUAAACUUUAAGAAUAUAUUAUAAGUAAUUGCUAUUAAUAAAUUCAACUGAUUUCAGAGUCUUUCCAAUAAAUAAUAUUUUUAUUUGCAUACUUCAACUGUAUAAAAAAAAAAAAACAUUUUUCUAUUUCACUAUUUCUUCAUAUUUUUGUUAUAUUUGCAUAAUUCCUAGCAUUUUUGUUCGGUAACGAAAAAUGAGUAUGUGUCCAAUUCCAUCUAAAUUUUAAAUUUAUUCAUACAUUAAUUUUAUAUAGUUUGUUUAACAUUUGUCUCACAUUAAAGUAUUAAUUUUGUAUAAUAAAAUAUAUUCCUUUAUAUUUAUAUAUGCAUAUUGUUCUUUUUUGCAUAAAGUAAAAAAUUAAAAAAAAAAGAAUCUAACUUAUUAUAGUAGACCUUACAGUCAUGAAUCAGGCUUUACAAUAACAUCAUCAAAUAUUUCCAUAAACGUAUUAAAAUUCACAAAAAUUAUUUUUAAAUCCCUUGCAAAUUGGCCAAGAAAAAUUGCAUAUAAUGUUUAGUGCACUUCAUAUUACAAAAACUAAAGUAACUCAUUCAGCUGAUUCGCAAUAAAAAUAUUUUCUUAAAAUUGUGAUUUCACAAAUAACAUAAAAAUAAAUAUGUACUUUUGUAAAAUAAAAGACGAGUUUUACAAAUUCACGUUCAUGCAUGUAUACCUGUUGCAAAGCAACCAACAUUACAAAACCAUUUUUACCAACAGCUACUACGGUGUGAUGAACUCAACUAAUACUUUUAUAAUUUGACAAUUAUUUCGUCAAAAAAUAAUUCAAUAAAAUCAACAGAACCUAGUGUACAGUAAUAUAAAUGCGGUCGCAUACCUAUAAAGGAACAGGCCUACAUGUAUACAUAUGUAUGUGAUAAGAAAGUAUUAACACGAAUAAUUAUUUUUUGUGUUAAAUGUCAAUAAACGCAAUUACGGUGGUGCAGAAAUCGGUCGACAGCAAUUUCAUGUAGAAAAACAUUAAACAAUUGUAUUUGUUCGUGGUUAGACACCCACAAUACUUUGUUUAAUGAUUAUCGACGUUCAACUUAACUUUUCUUGUUUUGUACAAAUGUUUAAAAUUAUUUUUGAGCUAUGCCAACGAGUUGGAUGAAAACUCUGCCCGAUUCGACCCUACUGUCGUUGGAAUUGAUACCUGACAUUGACUGAUUUUAUAUACUUUUAUUACCGUUUCUUGAGCUUUGUUUUUCGAAUUUGUUAUUUUUUAAUGGUGGUUUAUAUGGCUAAAUAUUUGCUAAAAUUCAGAUUUUUUUUUCGAAGUUUUUGAACUUUACUAUUUGGGGAAGGUAUUGGUGUCUUCCUGCCUUUAUUCCUUUUAUUUGUUGUAUGGGAUUUGCAGUUCCAUUUUUUUAUUGUGAUUCAGUAUGUCCAAAUUUCUUUAAUUGAUAAUAAUAACCGUUAAUAUUUCCCAAUUGUACUUUUAUACACUUCACUUCAGUUAACACUUGAAAUGAUGAAAUACAGUAUAAAAUACGCACACAAAAAUAUACUUGUAAAAUUACACCAUAAAAA